AUGAGUACCCAUCGUCGCACCACCACGUCACCACCACAAACGACUUCCCGCGAUGACCUCGUCAAGCAGCGCCAGGAGCUGCUGGACCUCAACUACAAGCGCGCAAAGUUUGUCACAUGUCCGGCCUGUCGCCAUGGCAGCACCACCAUAAUGGCCAACGAGCGGCUCGCGGGAUGGCGAUACGCCGCCUGCACCGCCGUCGCCAUCGUCUUCGCGCCCCUCACCCUCGGCGUCAUGCUCUUCAUGCUCCCGCUGUUCUUCAAGCCGCAGUUCGCCGUCCACUCCUGCCGUCGCUGCGGCCUGCGCCUCGCCAUCACCACCGGCGGCCUCGGCGACUACGCCUUCACCCUCGCCGCCGACGUCACCGACUCCAACUUCGCCCCCGCCGAGGACGACUGGCGGCCCGACCUGGCCCGCCUGCCCGGCGGCAUGCGCGUCGCCCGCUCGCCCCUCGGCCCGCGACCGGAAAUCUCCGAGCCCGAGAUGAAGACGUGCUCCAGACGCUUCGCCGGCCUCAAGGCGCGAACCAAGAUCAAGCUCGUGUCGGAGGACUGGCUGCGCGGCACCGUCCGCUGCAUGGUGGUCACGGGCCCGGACAACCCGGCUACAGCCCGGGAGCGGGAGCAAGGCGAAGGUGAGGUCUUCUGUCAGAUUCACACCAACGACGUCGCCGACCUCGGCUUGGUCUUCUGCCGCGACGCGAGCCCCAACAUCCAAGUCACCAUGCGAGCCGCCGCGGUGCCCUCCCCGCAGACGGCGUCGGACAAGGACCUGCCGCCGCCACCGCACGCGCCAGCCUACGAGGACAGCUCGGCGCUCUCCGAGUUCACCGAGACCUGCCUCAUCCGCCUCUUCCCCGGCGACAACUACUCGGUGCACUUUUACCUGCCCUCCAGCAGCCCGCCCGCCUACGCCGCGCCCUCCUCGUCGGCCGCGGAGGCGAGCAGGAGCCGGCAGACGCUCCACGCGUCGGUGGUGCCGAAGCGCUUCCGCACGCAGUUCUGGGGCGGCAUGCCCGUCUGGCGGUGGAAGUCGUCCGAGGGGAACCUGCUGUGGGUGUCGCGGCGCUUCCGCGACGCCGACAUGUCGGCGCUCAGCACCACGCUGUGCCUGGUCGACGACUACGAGCGGCUGGUGGCCGCGGUGGACGGCUGGGAGGGCAGGCGCGUGCCGGGCGUGGCCUCGGCGCCGGACGGCUCCGGGGGGAUGGUGCGCGAGUGCAGGAUGAAGCUGUACGCGGACCUGGACGCGGGGGUGCUGGGGGAGAUUUUGGGCAGUUACUGCGCGCUGCUGGCGCAGGUGAGGAGGGUGACGAGGGAGUUGAAGAGGGAGGAUGACGCGAAGCGGAGUUCGUAUUAG